AUGAGAAUCGCAAACAUGACCUCGACAAAGUCAACAGCCUUUCGCCAAAUCAUUGAACUGGCCAUCGUGAAUUGGAUGUUCACAACCUCACCUAAUGGAUAUAACACUGGCCACUGUCAGGACUCUAGUGACCUUCCAUUCCGCAUCAACACCCCCAUCCAACUAGAACACAAUCAAGUCUACAAAAUCACUCAGUUCUAUUGCAAAUCACCGUCUCAUCGUUUUUCGCCUAUCAAGCUUCUACGAUAUUCCACCAUGUGUUUGCAUGAACAAUUCUCCUUCCCUGUGUGUUGCGGUCAUAUCGAAGAGAGAUUGAACAGCUACUGCCACUUCGCGCGUAACGACCCCCAACACUAUUGCGGGGAAAAGGCUAGAGUUAAAAGCUAUACGGAAGGAAGUCCAUGGCCUCAAGAGGGACCUUGUGAUUCCUGUAUCAGCACUGCCACUCAAGAGGAGAUGGAGGCAUGGGUGCCAGACCCUGUGAAGCGGAACAAGUUCUUCUUCCAAUUCCGUCUUAAUAUGAUGGAAGCUGCCCGUGAGCCUGAGAGAAAGGCACAGCAAGCGCAUUUUAUCAAGGCCAAGAAUGAUACUGCAUGGGUCAACAAAGAACUUCGAGAGAAGUAUAAGGAGAUGGCAGCCGCAGAAAAGGCCGCCGAAGAGGGCGACAUCAGAACGCCUACACAGGAAGACUUCAUGAACGUUGAUCGCGGCGGAUCCUCUUCGCAAGGCGGAAACGCGUCUGGCAAGUAG